AGCUGGGCAAUGUUUCCGUGACAAAAAUCUGUCAGUACGAAGCAUUUAAAAGCCUGCAAAAUUCAGGAACUUAACAAAGAGGGAUAUGCUUCCAGCCUUGUCACCAAGAUGAAGCAAGUUAUGUCCGGUUUGGUAUUUGCCUGUAUAGCGGGAUUUGUGUUGACUUCCGUAAAUGGACAGUUAUCACAAUCUUCACCGAUCGGGAACUGUGAUCAAUACCGUGAUUCUCGUGGACAGUACCACAUAACCGAAGAUGAUAACAGCAUGUAUUGUUUCCAUCUGCAUCUAUACCAAUCCGCCUUAGACUUCGCGCACCCCGAGGCCCCCAGAAUAUACAUCCAGGAACUCCUGAAGAAUGCUCUGUCGAGGUGUAUUAACCCUAGGCCACGAAAGGUGACACCUGCACCAUCACAGCCACAACCGGCAAAACCAAUUAUACCUAAGAAAGUCUGUAGAACCAGAAAGUGCAGAAGAGCGCGUUACAGCAAACGUGUGAAAAGGGCUGCAUUAAGACCUACAUCUAACAGAGGAAGGCGGUUCAGGAAACGAACGAAAAGAGUGGCCAGGAAAGGAAACAAGAACCGGAAGCCUCACGGAAAAGAAAGCAAAUGUAACUGGGUACGGAAAGAAGUUCGGAUGUUGUCUAGGUCUGAGUGGAUUCGAUUUGCAAAACGACUCAAUAUAUUAAAGAGACCAAUCGUCAUUCCAGGAGAGGGUUCUUUUAUCCCGUAUGAUUUGAUUUCCAACGUCCACAGUCAUGGACCAAACUUGGAUGCCGCAUAUGGAGGUCCUAACUUCCUUGGUUGGAAUAGAAUAUAUCUCUUGAUACUUGAGACUGCUCUUGGGAUCCCCGUACCAUAUUGGGACAAUCGAAUGGAUUAUGAUAUGGACGAACCUACACACUCCAUACUGUGGACGGAUGAGUUUUUCGGACCUGGGUUCGGAAUUGUUGACUCGGGACCGUUUAAGGGGUGGACAACAGCUGACAACUUGUCACUUAGGCGGGACAUAGGUAGGAAGGGGAGUCUUAUCAGCGCUUGUAUGGUUGAAAAAAUACUACGUUAUAAAAGUCAUGACCCUAUAGUCGAGCCGACAACUAGGAGUAUUUCGUUAGAAGAAUAUCAAAACGGACCCCACCGAUGGGUGGGUGAGCAGAUGUCGAUUCUACAAAGUGCGUCUCAGGAUCCUAUUUUUUUCCUUCACCGCAGUUUUGUUGAUUACAUAUGGUAUCAGUUUAGAAAUAAAUUAAGGUCUGCCGGUGAUGUUAAUCCGUCUUUAGAUUAUCCCGACAAGGGACCACCAUCACAUAGACGAGGUGAAACAAUGAUUCCGUUCGGAAAUCUUCGUAACAUUAUUGGCUAUGGAGACUUUAUUGAGAGACUAACCCAAUACGAGGAUUCGCCAACAUGUUCUGCCUGUAGCAGCAGUGAGUAUUUGGAGUGCGACACCCAAAUUAAUAGAUGCAAAUCGAAAGCAAAGACAGUUGACAUGGCUGCAGGACAAAUGGGUUUCCAGCAGCCUAGACAGCGGAUGACACCAGCUUUACGUGGUAAAAAAUUCAGAAGUGCCGAAACAGAUCCCAGGACACGAGGAAACCUCUUUUAGAAAAGCACACCUCGGUCUGAUACCGGGUAUGUAGGGCAAAUCAUUUUAAACAGUGUCAAAGGAACAUGUAGCUUUCUAGAAAUAAUGAUUCGUCUCUCUGAAAAUAUGUAAAAAACGAUGUUUGGUCAAGGAAAAGGAUGUAAACAAAUUAAAGUGGCUGUCAAUCUGAU